GCAAUGCCCCGCCAAUGGGGUAUGGAGCCGUGGCCCCUCACAGCGGACAAGUUGCGUGCUCUUGGGACGACGCUGAAGGCAGGCAAGUAUCGAUCGGCAUCCAUGUACUUAUCGGCGUACUGGGUGGAAGCUGAGCGUCGAGGUUGCCACCUCACGGGCACUAUGGUGCAGGUGCUUAAGGACGCCACGCGGUCGUGUAAUCGAGGCCUUGGGCCGCCUGUCCAAGCGUUGCCGUUCACUUUCGCGGACUUCCGGAAUUUACCGGGCAGCGAUGAUCCCUGGGUCAGAAACGGGCCGGUCGGCCCACGGAACUGCCUUGUAGGGGGCGUGUGGUGGCUUGCCCGGGAGGUGGAGCUCAGCGCGGCCCGCGCUUGCUUGGUGCGCUUUGUGGGUGACGGGGCAGAAAUGGUCGCAUCAUGGCGUCUGCCGGCAUCCAAGAACGACCCGUCUGCACUCGGCGCAACCCGGUCCCACGGGUGCUGUUGCGACGAGCCUCUGGGCGCGGAUCUGUGUCCCGCCCACACCUUGCAGGCACGAAUGGUCCUGUUGAGGCGGUUGUUCCCGCUGCGGUUCUCGCCGGAUGGGUCUCCAGACGACGACCUUCCGUUGUUUCCCACGAGCGAGGGCCGCGUUUGCACCAAGGACGCCAUGGUCGCGCACAUCGCCGCGGCCGCGGACCUCCUCCAUCUGCGUGAGGCUGGGGCAGACGGUGUGCAUCGGUGGACUGGCCAUUCACUGCGCGUCACAGGCGCGCGAUUCCUGGCCGGCGCGGGGCUUGACGCGCGGGCGAUGCAGCUCCUCGGAAGAUGGGGGUCCGACGCCGUCCUGGGGUACAUCCGGGACGCCCCGCUGGCAUGGUCGAACACGUGGGCCAACGAGAUGUACGACAACCUGAAGGAGAGCUUGGCCCGUUGCGCAGACAACCCCACGCAGCGUCCGAACACGCCAUCGACGUGUCCGGAGUAUCACCUUGCGGUAAAUCCGCAGUCUGGCAUCGUGCACAGGAUCGCGGCUGGGUACACCGUGCCCGCGCCAUGUGGUUGGAUCAUUGCGUGUGGCUGGAAGCCAUCAGAUCUGGCAGCGGCGACAAUGGAGCAUGCCUUGCCGUCGCCCUACAAGAAGAUGUGCUGUGAAUGCCUUCCAGCAGAGCGGGCGUUGGCCAAAGCGACCGCCCAGUAG